CGAGUCCCCGGCUCCCGGGGCGCUUUCCGUGCGCCCACGCGGGCGGGGGCCGAGCCGCGCUUCCUGCGCGAACCCACCUCUCCCCCGGGGCGCCGGCGGUCAGGUGGUUGCCUGCGCGUGGCUGCCGCUCUGCCGGGACCGGCACCCGCUCUCAGGCUCUCCUCGGCGCGGCCCCCUCGACUGCCCUAACCGCACCCUUCCCCCAGCCCGGUCCCGCAGGCGAGGGAGCGCGACUCCCUCCCCAGAUGUUACGGCCCCGCCUGAGUGCCUGGGCCCACCGGUGGCUUUCGGGUGGAACGCGGAGGCCCCCGGGGGAUGCCAGAAGGUGUCCACGUGUUGGCGUGGGCUCAGCCCAAAAUGUAGGCCCUCAGAGCCCCAGCAGAAGCUGUGAAUCAGGCCUGGGCCGCUGAUGGUUUUGGCGAAGUACCCUAAGGUAGCUGGGCCGGCCCCCUCUUUCCCACCUACCUCUUGCCCUUCCCCCCACACCACCACCACCCUGGCUCCCCUCCCUCAUGACCGCCUGGAUCCUCCUUCCUGUCAGCUUGUCAGCAUUCUCUAUCACUGGCCUAUGGACUGUGUAUGCCAUGGCCGUGAUGAACCGCCACGCAUGCCCUGUGGAGAACUGGUCCUACAACGAGUCCUGCUCUCCUGACCCCGCUGAACAAGGGGGCCCCAAGACUUGCUGCACCCUGGAUGAUGUCCCCCUCAUCAGCAAGUGUGGCACAUAUCCCCCAGAGAGCUGCCUCUUCAGCCUCAUUGGCAACAUGGGUGCUUUCAUGGUGGCUCUGAUCUGCCUGCUGCGCUACGGGCAGCUCCUGGAGCAGAGUCGUCAUUCCUGGGUCAACACCACAACACUCAUCACAGGCUGCACCAACGCUGCGGGCCUUGUGGUGGUCGGCAACUUCCAGGUGGAUCAUGCUAAGUCUCUGCACUACAUCGGAACUGGUGUGGCCUUCUCCGCCGGGCUGCUCUUUGUCUGCCUGCACUGUGCCCUCUGCUACCACGGGGCCACCGCCCCCCAGGACCUGGCUAUGGCCUACGUGCGGAUUGUGCUGGCAGCCAUCGCCUUUGUCACCCUGAUCCUCAGUGCGGUCUUCUUUAUGCAUGAGAGCUCUCAGCUGCAGCAUGGGGCAGCCCUGUGCGAGUGGGUGUUUGUCAUUGACAUCCUCAUUUUCUACGGCACUUUCAGCUAUGAGUUCGGAGCAGUGUCGUCAGAGACGCUGGUGGCUGCGCUGCAGCCUGCCCCUGGCCGGGCCGCCAAGUCCUCUGGGAGCGGUCGCACCUCCACUCACCUCACCUGUGCCCCCGAAAGCAUCGCCAUGAUCUGAGGUCUGGGGAGGGUGGCCGGGCCAACCUCACCAGCUCCCCACCUCAUAACUUUGCAUUUAUUUUGUACCAAAAAUGGUUUUGAGAAAGUGUUGUCGGGAUAUAGGCUUCCUUGCUGCUGGAGCAGUGGCCAUCCCACACCCACCCGUGCCACGGAGGAACAGGCCCGGCAGGUGCCUGGGCUGCACACGACCUACUCCCUUACUCUGCACUGUUGUUUUUAUGUUCAAAGGUCACAUAUUCUUAUUUCACCCAGCCAGCCCUUCAGGUGCCUUCUACUCCCCAGUGCCGAAGCCAAACCACUGGGGUUUCCUGCUGCAGGAAUUGGGGGCUGGGAACAGCAAGGAUAGAAUUUGGGGUGGAGGGAUAGGCACUCCUUAGACUGUGGGAAGGCCCACUUUGGGGCCCACUGAGCUGCACUGGGAUUCUUCACUCUGCCCUUUUCUUUCUUUCGGGCAAAUAACACAGCAGAACCAUGUGGGUAUUUUAGUACUUUUAUAUAUAUAUACAUAUAUAUAUAUAUCUAUCUAUAUAUAUAUAUAUAUCUAUUAAAAGAAUUCUAAUUUGCA